AUGAGCAACACAGACCCAGGUCCACGUGACCAGGAAAGAGAACCACGCACAACCUUCCAGCCAACUCCAGGUACUUCGACAUUGACAUCGACAAUUACAGCCAAUAAUCAAAGGCAAGAGACACAAAUUGACCCACUAAUAAAAACUUACAUCGAUGAAUCAAUCCGCGCAUCUACUACCACAAUUAUCACAUCUAUCAAACAGUACAUUGAUACCCAGUUUGAAAAGCAAAGGCUAUGGAAUGAACAGCUUCAAACAAACAUUAACGACACAUUGUCUCAGGUGACCCAGGCGAACCCCAACAUUAGCAACUCAACACAAGACAACAGUUCAACACCAGUAGAUCACAGCAAAGUGUCACAGAAACUGCAAAGGUCAAUAGACCCAUCCAACAUUGCACCAGCCAAUAACCUAGCAUCGACAAGCAAAGGGAAAGAAGCUGUCAAUUCAUCAGGUAAAUACCCUCCCACACCAGUGUUAAACGAUCUUAUCAUGAAGGCAUUAAGAGUUACCAUUCAAGAUCAGAACACAGCAACCACUAUAGCACCCAUGAGCUUACAUUUGUUUAAGCCAACACGACACAAGUAUCCAUCCUUUGACUAUUCCAAAUUCAAAGGUAUUUACGAUAUUCAAGGUUUCACCAAUCCUCAUGCUGCAAAAACUGAAAUUAAACUAUGGAAAGCAAUUGCUUUCGGUUUAUACACAAACCUCCAAGAAUUUUCAUAUACAAACUUACUGGACAACAUAAAAGAGGCUGAAGAUGAACCCACAUUACAGUCUACAGAAGGUGGUACAAUUUCAAUAAAAAGGCAGUUACAGCACACAGUGUUUAAUAAUAUUUCAGAAUGGUUACUUGCCUUUAAAGCAUAUAUGGACACUGUGCUUGUUAUCUAUGAAAAUAGAGAACAGGAACUUAACACGUAUCAAGAUAAUAUUAACGAACUAUGUCUUAAGCAAAGUUUUCAUGCUGUCAUGUCCUAUGAUGAAGAUCAAAGAGUGACCUUAGUGACAAACAGGGACUCAACCCUCUUAGACUGUGAUCUUGAAGCAGAGGGUAGAAACUUCGAUCUAACUACAGUAAAAAAGCACAGAAACAGUAUACGCCGAGCCACCCGACCUGAUAUUGAAUGGCCUGAUGGUCGGGAAAUAUGUAUUAAUUGGAACAAACAUUAUUGUGCUGAUGAGAAUAACUGCAGAAGAGUUCAUGCUUGCCUGAUCUGCAAAAAGUCUAAUCACA